AUGGGAGAAUGUUCAUUCACAGUACGUGGAUUUGAUUAUUGGAAAAAUAGUUUAGCAAAAUUCGAAAAACAUGAAAGUAGUCAAAGCCACGCUGAUUGUGUCUAUUUGGUUAAACAACAACACAAGCCACCAGUGGUAACACAAAUUAGUCUAGCACAUCAAAACCAACAGGCACAACGACGAAAAAUGCUAUUAAUACAAAUACAAUCUAUUAAAUAUUUGCUACAUCAAGGUUUAGCUUUACGUGGUCAUGUUGAGGUAGAAGGAAAUUUAAUUCAGCUAUUAAAACUAAUACAAAAUGACGUCAAUGAGUUAUCAUCAUGGAUACGUGAAGGAAAUUAUUUAUCUCAUGAUAUAAUAAAUGAAAUAUGCGAAAUCAUAUCUUUGACCAUUAUUCGAGAAUUAAUUAAAGAGAUUAAAGAUCGACGAUUUUAUAGUAUAAUAUGUGACGAAACAACUGACCAAUCUGGACUUGAACAAUUAUGUUUUACAAUUAGAUCAGUUGAUAACGAGUUUAUCGUUCAUGAAGAUGUUAUUGGUUUCUACCAGUUGUCAUCUCAACAUGCACAACAUAUUACAGAAGUCAUACUUGACAUUUUAAUUCGAUGUGGUUUAGAUAUUAAAUUAUGUAGAGGACAAGGAUUUGAUGGUGCCUCGACGAUGUCAGGUCACUUAUCAGGUGUCUCUGCUAGAAUUAAAAAGUUGAAUCCAAAAGCGUAUUACGUACAUUGUAAUGCACAUUCGUUAUAUCUUGCAUUACAAGAUGUAACUCGUGAAGCGCCAUCUGUAGCAUCUGCUUUGGAUAUAACUAAUGACAUUAUCAACUUUAUGAAAAAGUCUCUGAAACGAUUACAUUUAUUAGAUAAAUUAGCGGAGCUAAAUCAUCAUUCAAACUUGAAACUAUUGUGUCCUACUCGAUGGACAGUUCGAGCUUCUUCGAUCAAUUCAUUAAUUAUUAACUAUGAAUUAGUUGAAACAUCAUUAGAUGAAAUUAGGACCGAAGGUGGUCCACCGAGAUCAUGGACAAUUCGCAUCCGCGGCGAACUGAGUUAUUCUUUACUCUUUGUUCGGUCACCAUCUAGGUCACCAUCUAGGUCACCAUCUGGUAGUAGGUAA